AUGAGUGCGCCACAAACUGCAACACGUAGAAGGCCAGUGAAAACAUCACAAGAAAAAUCUCAAUUACCUAAGGUCAGAAAUAUGAGAAAUGAAAUCAAUUCUAAUUGCUAUAGACUUUCAAAGACACAACCAAUUUCAUCUAAAAGAAUUACUCAAGAUAAAACAGAAUCAUACUCGACUAAAUAUUAUAGAGAACAUCAGGAUGAAGCCGAUGAUAUUAGAACACCUCUUGAAAAACUUAAAGAAGUUGAUGCAAAAUUAGAUGGAGAAAUUGAAGAUGAAGAAGAAAGAUUCACACUAUUAAUGAAACAAAAAACAUUAAGAUACAUGGUUUAUGGCGAAAAAUCCGUUGAAGCUCUUUACAGUCACGUUACUCUUGGAGAAUUUUAUAAUUUUCAAGAAACCACUCAAAGCUCAAUCCGUCAUUUCAAACUUGCAAAGCAAUUAUUGUCCAGCACAGAACCCGAUAAUGAUACUAAGGCAGCUAUUGCUGUUGGUUUGGCCGAAGCAUAUUUAAUAGAUUCGUUGGAGAAUCAGAAAUCCCUUAAUGUAGCAGCCAAAGAAUUAAAACCAGCACUCAAGGCAGAGAUUACCGACCCUUAUUUACGCUUUAGACGCGAUAUGUGCAUUGCAAGAAUAGUUUACGCGAAAGGAAACAUUGAUGAAGCAUACGAAGCAUACCUAGCUGCAGCAGAAACAUUACCACAGUGUAAUCCACCAUCAGAUGAAGCAACUGCAUCGCUUUACCUCGAAAUUGCAGAAUGUGGUCGAAAUUGUGGCUGCGGAAAGGAUGUUGCUGAACAUUAUAAGAAAGCAUACGAUAUUUACAAGAGUCUUGAUAUGGAAGACCAAGCAAAUGAGAUAGAACCAUUUACUCAUGAAGAUUAUUUCAAGAACCAAGAAGAGGAAGAAGAAAAACAAGAACAAACCAAUGAAAACGAACAAGAACAAGAGAAAAAGCCAGAAGAAGGCAAUGAAAAUAAAGAAGAAGACCAAAAGAAGGAAGAUAUUAAGAAAGAAGAAAGUUUCGAACAAUUUGAAGAACCAACGGAAGAAAAAUCAGAAGAAAAGAAAGAAGAGCCUGAAAAGAAGAAGGAAAAUCUUGAAAAGAAAGAAGAAAAUCAAUCAAAUCCAAAUCUUCAUCUUGGAAGUCGCGAACCAACAGAAGAAAACUUCGAAGAUGCAGACAAAUAG